AUGACCAAGUUCGUGGUGGUGGGCCUGUGCCUGCUGAUGGCCUUCGGCCAGAUGGCUUCCGUUUCCGGCGUGACCGAGGCUCCGGAGGUGGAGCAGUCGACGGAGUCGCCCAUCGCCGACAUGGCGCUGAUUGAAGAUUUGGCGCCAAUGGCACCCAAAACGCCCACGGAGAAGCCGCCCCUUGUCCAGGAUGCCCCAGUGGCUCCAGUGGCCGUGGUGGAGGUCCAGGAGAAGGCUGCCGCACAACCGCACACGGUGGCCGAUUUCAUAAUCCACCCACUGAUCGCCUUUAAGCCACGUCAGGCCAGCCUGGAGGAGAUCCAGGGCAAGCAGGCACAGGGGGCACCAGGCUCCUCCUCGGGCACCCCCGCCGCCCCGGGCACCUGGCUCUUCGGCAUGAAUCCCGCCCAGCAGCUGGGCUCCUCAUUCUCCUCGCUGGCCGGUUCCGUUUCCGGUUGGUUCAACGAUCGCCUGCAGCUGCCCGGUCUGGUAGAGACCCCUGUGAGGGAGUCCACCAGCACCAGCAGCACCACCUCCACCACCACCCAGCGACCGGAUAUCGUGGUGCGAGUGCAGCAGCGUCCCCAGCGUAACGGCAACCGCAAUGGCAACCGGAAUGGUAACCUCAAUGGAGGUAACCUGAACAACAGGCGUCGCCAGCAGCGCCCCAACCGGUUCAACAACCUAUUGGACUCCUUCGAGGACGACUACUACGAGGAUGACUACUACCAGGGCAACCGAUUCGAUGAGGAGUUCGACGACGACGAGGACGAGCAGAGCCUGGAGCAGUUCGAGGAUGACGAUUCCUUGGAGCUGCGUCCCCAGCAGAAGCCCAAGAGGAAGCAGACCCAGGUGCAGAGCCAGAGUCAGCGCAGGAAGUUCCAGCAGGAGGAGGAGCAGCAGGUGGUCAGCCAGAAGCGUCGUCAGCCCCUGAACACCCAGAACAAGAAGACCAAGGUGCAGAAGAAGCCAGUUAAGCCGGUAGUGGAGGAAGCCCAGGAUGAGGAGGAGCAGGAGGACGAGGAUGCCGAAAACGACGACGAGGAGGAGCAGGAGGACCAGGCCCAGGAUGACGAUAGCCAGGAGCAGGACUUUCAGCCCGAGCCCGCCGUCGGUUCCACCACGUCGACGAGGCGCAGCCAGAACCAGCCCAACUUCAUCCAGCGCGGCCAGCAGAGCAUCAUCAGCCAGAUCCGCCAGUUCACCAGGGGUCAGACGCCCGGAGAACUGGCCACCACGUUGAGGAGGACCCCCGUCUCCUCCUCCGGCUCCUCAAAGACCCGUCGUCCCCAGCAGACGACUCUGCUGGUGAACCGCAAUGGUCAGACUGUUUACUUGGCCCCCGAGCUCCUCAACCUGAACUCUCCUUAUCCCUACGCCUAUGUCCAGGGACAGACCAAGAAGCAGCGCGUCCCUGUCAGCGGAGCCUUCCCCCAGCCCCCACUAACGGUGCCGGUGAGGCGUCAGGGUCGUCCCACCCAGUACAUCACCAUUCCCUGGAGCCAACUGGGUCUCUCCCCACCGGAUCAGCAGUCGAUGGUCUCCCUGGCCGAAGGCAUCCAGGCCCAGCCCCUGAUCCUGAACAUCCCCCAGAGCGCCAUUAGUCCAGUGAGGACGGGAUCCUCCGGUGGCCAGAAGAAGAAGCAGCGACCCCACCUGACCGCCUCGGCUGUGCCGCUCUUGGCCGAUGCCUCCCUGAUGGACAUCUUCCAACCGCCCCAGAUCCCGCCCUCCAGGACCGGAGCUGCCUCCUCAUCGUCAUCCUCCUCGGGAUCCGGAGCCUCCAUCAAGCCCAUCUCCGCCCAGCCCGUUCUGAUUGCCGCUAAGCCCGUGAAGGCCGGCGGAGCCAACGGACUGCUCCCCACUCGCAUCCGUCCGGGAACGAUUGUGGAGAAGGCCCCCGCCAUGGAGGAGAAGCCCAUGGAGGCCACCGAGGUCAAGCAGGAGCAGGAGAUGAUGGCCACCGAGGCGGUUGCCCCCAUGGUGGCGGCCAGCAGUCCCGAGCAACAGGAGUUCAUCCUGGUCGGCGAUGAUGACGAGCCCGGUCUCUCCCGACAUGUCCAGCCCGCUUACGGUGAUGCCCGCUAUGUGUCCUACGGCGAUUUCCAUCCCUACCUCGAUCUGCUCACUCAGAACAGGCGAUUCGCCCUGAGGAAGAGCGGUAGGUCCUUGGAAAACCCCGAGGAGCAGGCGCCAGUAAUCCCUCAGGAGGAAGUUCAGAAGGAGGAGGUUAAGAUGGAGGAAGUGGAAAAGAAGGAGGAAGUGCCAAAGGAGGAGGUUAAGAAGGAGGAGCCUCAGAAGGAAGAAGUUCAAAAGGAGGAGAUUGAAAAGGAGGAGCCCAAAAAGGAGGAGAUCAAGAAGGAGGAACCCCAGAAGGUGGAGAUCAAGAUGGAGGAACCCCAGAAGGAGGAGAUCAAGGUGGAGGAGCCCCAAAAGGAGGAGAUCAAGAAGGAGGAACCCCAGCCCCUGGAGCAGUCAAAACUCCCAGCAUAA